AUGAAGCUCAACACCCUCGCCAUACUCCUGGCACCCCUUGUCCUCCUCACUGCCCCAGCAGCCGCCGGUAAAUACCGGUUCACUCCAAACCGUGUCUUCAAAAUUGAGAGUGUCCCCGCGUGCAUAGCAAUAUGCAUGAAAGAGCUCGAGUGGCGUUUGCAAGAGAAGGCGCUCCCCAAGGCCAUCAUCGAGUGGUGCGACAGAACGUCACCACCGCAUCGCGCUGACUGGAUCGACUUUGGCCGCAAGAUGGACGAAUGCAAAGUAGUGCAGUGCACCAACGUGCGGUACUGGUACGAUAUGGCGACAUGGCACUGGAACUAUUGCUCGUGGCAUGACCAUCGCAAGGCUAGCUUGGCGUGGGUCAACGAUUACCGCGUCAGCGCGUGGUGGCCCAAUGACGAAGGUCGCCCGAGGCCGCCUGGUCAUGAGAGUUGGAUUUCAGAGAACAGGACUUCAGAUGCUACACCGCGAUAA